AUGUCACAAGGAAUUAAGGGCUACGGGGAGAAUGCGGUGGUCCUAAUCGGGGAGUCCGGGGUCGGAAAGAGCAAUCUCCUUUCCCGCUUCACCCGCAAUGAAUUUAAUCACGACAGCCGCACCACCAUCGGGGUAGAGUUCUCCACACGGAGCGUGCUGGUCAAUGGCGUGACGGUGAAGACACAGAUUUGGGACACGGCUGGUCUGGAACGUUAUCGAGCAAUCACUUCGGCGUAUUACCGAGGGGCAGUCGGAGCCCUCCUAGUCUACGAUAUCUCCAAGCAUCUGACCUACGAGAAGGUGGAGUGCUGGCUGAAGGAGCUCCUGGAUCACGCCGACAACAACCUGGUGGUCAUGUUGGUCGGCAACAAGUCUGACCUCGCUGACAUCCGAGCUGUUCCCGUUGAGGAGGCCAAGUCAUUCGCAGAGAAACACGCCAUGCUUUUCAUGGAGACGUCCGCUCUUGACUCGACCAAUGUGGAACCAGCGUUCCAGGAGGUGAUCUCAGAGAUCUUUCACCGACGCUCCCAGAACCGCAGCAACAAGCAGGUGAUCAACAGCGUCGCCCUCAGUGCCACUAGCGUCACCAAUGAGGGAGCUUUGGUGGAUGGCACGGCCAAGAAACCGUGCUGUCAAAACAUCUGACCCGUGCGCGGGUUGAGGCACGGGACGGGGAGAGAGCACGCCGCCCCCUGUCUGGAUCCCCCGCCAAACCCACACCCCACCCCCCUGAAAAUCCCAUCCUUACUCGCCCCGACACCCACUUUCACAUACAUUCUUCCCCCAACCCUUCCCUCCGCGGUCAUGGUCAAAGCCGGAGGAAACUUGGUGCCGACCCCUCACCCGCCAGUGAGUGAAACAAAAUAUCCGCCUAAUGGCCUCACCAUCAGAUAGUAUUAGGAUUCUCCCAGCAGAGCGAGGUGUGUCUCAGGGCUGGUAGGGAUGGGAGGGUUCCGGGAUGAAGGGUUGCCUGGGAACUGUAGUGCGGCAAAGGCAAUUCUAAGGGGUCCAGCGCUAGUAUCGGCAAAAAGGGGUGAAGGGUCUCCCUCAUGGGUGGCCAUGAGGAAAACCCUCAAUCAGUUCUUCAUCCAGACCCUCGUCCCGGGUGUGUUUGAUUGGGACAGUGCAUAGGGAACUUUACCCUGUAUCUAACCUUGUGCUGUCCCUGUCCUUGAAGUGUUUGAUGAGGAUAGUGUAGAGGGAGAUUUACC